AUGAGGUCGCAAGACUCCCUCAACGGAGCAGGACCUUCCAGGCCAGCGACAUUUGGUGCGGGCCCUACCCUACCUUCCAACAGUUCCAUGGACGAGAAAAGGGGAUCAUCCUCGUCUACGUCGUCAGAAUCAGGAUUCCGUGCUCUCUCGAAACUCUUGGCGGAGCGGAAUCCUCCAGUGCCCAGAGCUUCUGCCCAACCCAUCCUCCCACUCACACAACCGAUCGGAAACGCUCUAAACGAACCAGUCCAGGCAUACGGACCUUACAAGCCAGUGGCUGUUCCGCCCGUAAACGAUCCAAUAUUGGCCCUGUUCACGAACCUCAUCAUGAAGCAUGGGAGGAAAGGCGAUGCUCAGCGAGCCAUCGCUGACAUGUUGGCGGCUCUACACGUAGCGACCAAUCAAAACCCAAUUGAUCUGGUACACCGAGCUGUUCUUCUGGCUUCCCCUUCGUUCCGAGUCAUCUCCAUCGUCCGAGGUGCCAAGCGAAUGUACGCUCCCCGUGCUCUCCUCGAGAGACAGAGAAUACAUCAGGGGAUCGCAUGGAUUAAGAAGGCAUCACUGAAAUAUGAGAAGAGGCUACACCUGCCCAAGCGGUUGGCGAAAGAGAUCCUCUUGGUGUUGGAAGGCUCUAGUGAAGUCUUUGGUUGGGUCGAAGAGAGGCACAAGGUGGCAAUGGUGAACAGGGCCAACAUGAAGCUCAGAGGAUAG